CGGACAGAAGAAGCCGCUCUCCGGUCCGCUGCGCGUUGCUUCUCUCCAAACAUGACAUUUCCCGCAGUGAGGAUGAGUCCGGUUCAGGAUUUCAGGGACUUCAUCAGCCAGAGACUCACCGCCGCGGCGGUGGAAAUCUUCUCGGCGUUUGAGCGGACUGUCGUCCAGUAUGAGGAGGAGAUCGACCGCCAGCGCAAACUGCUGGAGAUCACCUGGAAACCUGAACUCAAGUUGAGCCGAGUCGAAAGUCCAGCGCAGCAUGUUUCCAGUGAGACGCCAGCGUGGCUGCAGUCCAGGAAGUCCAGUCCGGAGCGGCACGAGCCGCACAUCAAAGAGGAAGAAGAAGAAGAAGAAGAAGCGGAGGAAGAGGAAUUUGACCCCCAGCCGCGCGUCAAAGAGGAACCCGAGCUGCCGGAGAUCACGGUCCGUCUGGAGGACGAACCGCUCACGGAACCCUUCCUGAGCUCCUGCCCUGACGCCAGGCCCCGCCCCCAGCCCCGCCCCCAGGACAACCCCUUUCUGUGUGAGACGUUGGGGAAGAGCUUCAGCCAGCAGGGGGCGCCGCUGUACCACGUGAAGACCCACUCGGGCGAGAAGCCGUUUCCCUGCCAGACCUGCGGCAAGGCGUUCAGGAAGCAGAGCAACCUGCUGUGCCACAUGCGGACCCACACCGGCGAGAAGCCGCACGCCUGCGGCGUCUGCGGCAAGCGCUUCAGCGACAGAGGCAACCUGCUGCGCCACAAGAGGAUUCACACGGGCGAGAAGCCCUUCUCCUGCCUCACGUGUGGGAAGGCUUUCCGCCAGCAGGGCGCGCUGUCCUGCCACAUGAAGACUCACACGGGCGAGAAGCCGCACGCCUGCGGCGUCUGCGGGAAGAGCUUCAGCGUGCAGAGCUCCUUCCUGUUCCACAUGAGAACGCACACCGGCGAGAAGCCGCACCGCUGCCAGGUCUGCGGGAAGAGCUUCACCAAGCAGAGCUACCUGCUGGGCCACAUGCGGACGCACACCGGCGAGAAGCCGCACGCCUGCGCCACCUGUGGGCAGAGCUUCAGCGACAAGGGCAACCUGCUGCGCCACGUCCGGAUCCACACCGGCGAGAAGCCGUACUCCUGCGCCACCUGCGGGAAGAGCUUCCGCCAGCCGAGCUCGCUGUCCUGCCACGUCAGGACGCACACCGGCGAGAAGCCGUACUCCUGCGCCGCCUGCGGGAAAAGCUUCAGCCAGUACGGGAACCUGUUCGUCCACAGGAAGAAGCACUGCGGCGAGCAGCCGCGAGACUUUAUCACCCAGAGACUAACGGCUGCUGCGGCGGAGAUCUUCACCGUGUUUGAACAAACCGUCGCUCAGUACGAGGAGGAGCUCGAGCGGCAGCGGAGGCUGCUGCAGGUCGGCUGGAGACCCGGAAUAAAGUUACACAGAAUCGAAAAUGCAGAUCAGCCUGUCUGUGAAGAAGACGAGUUGUGGGACCAGGAGGAAGCUGUGCAGCUGAAAGAGGAAGAGGAGGAUGAGGAGGAGGUGGAGGCUGAGGUGAGGAUCGACUGUGACGACCGGGAGCCUCCGUGGAUCAAAGAGGAAGCAGAGGCUCCAGAAAUCGCCGCGGACCUGGAGGAACGCCGCGGCGCUCGGGAGGACCGGCAGCUCGCCGAGGGCUUCACGGAGGAGUUCAUGCUCCAGGGUCCGCUCGGGGGCGGAGCCUCCGGAUCCAGCGGGGACCUGGAGCCCGGCCAAUCACGUCUGGGGACAGACACGGACGGCCCCGCCCCCUCCCGCAUCCUCCGGCGGCUCAACGUGGACGACGACGACCGCCUGGAGUUCGUCAUCAUCGGGGACGAGUUGGCGCUCGUGUCCCAGCUGCAGGACGAGCGGCGAGGUGUCGCGGCCGAGAAGCCGUUCCUCUGCAAGACCUGCGGGAAGCGCUUCCGGCUGCAGCGGUCGCUGUGUCUGCACACCCGGACGCACACCGGCGAGAGGCCGCACUGCUGCGAGGUCUGCGGGAAGCGCUUCCGCCAGCCCAGCCACCUGCUGGUGCACCGCCGCAUCCACACCGGCGAGAAGCCCUACUCCUGCAAGACCUGCGGACAGACGUUCCGGCAGUACGGGAACCUGUUCACCCACAGCAAGAGGCACGCCCGGGCGGCGCCCGACGCCCCGGGCUGGAACAUGUCCUCUGUCGCCGAAAAGAUGAGUCCGCGUCAGGAUUUAAGAGGGUUUAUAAACCAGAGAUUAACCGCAGCGGCUGUGGAAAUAUUCGCCGUGUUUGAGCGAACUAUCAUCCGAUACGAGGAGGAGAUCGAUCGACAGCGCAGAUUGCUGGAAAUCAGCUGGACGCCUGAAAUAAAGUUACACAGAAUCGAAAGUCUGGCGCGGCGAGCCACCGGAGAAAGGCGGCUCUGCAGCCCGGACAGGAAGUCCGGCUCCGCCCAGGAGGAGGCGGAGCUUCCCCAGGUCAAACAGGAAGAGGACGAGGACGCCCAGCCGCGACAGAUCCGGGUCGUCACCGUCGACCGUGACGGAGCGCCGCCGCUCGUCAAGGAGGAACCCGACGCUCCCGAGGUCACGGGCAGCCCGGACCCGCUCUGCGGCUUCCAGGACGAGCGGCGCCUCGCUCAGAGUUUCCUGGAGGCGUUUUGUAAUUAUCAGAGCGACGUCGACGGCGAGAACCUCUGCUCCACCGCAGCCCCGAGUCCGAACCGGGAAUCGAACUACAGAACGCAUCCCGGCAGUGCCGUGUUCGCCUCUCCGGCUUCUGGAGCCCAGCGGCGCCUGACCCCUGACCCCGCGGACAGACGGCCCUUCGAGUUCGGCGGCGCCGGGAGCGACUUGAAGCUUGCGUCUCAGUUAAAGAACGGCGGCGGGACGCUCGCGGCCGAGAAGCCGUUUCUCUGCAGGACCUGCGGGAAGAGCUUCGGCCAGCGGCGAGCGCUGCUCAUCCACACCCGGUCCCACACCGGCGAGAAGCCGCACCCCUGCGCCACCUGCGGGAAACGGUUCCGGCAGCCCGGACACCUGCUGGUCCACAAGAGAACCCACACGGGCGAGAAGCCCCACCGCUGCGGUGUGUGCGGGAAGAGCUUCGGCCAGCACGGCUCCCUGUGGAACCACAUGAAGACCCACUCCGGCGAGAAGCCGUUCUGCUGCCAGCUGUGCGGCAAGCGCUUCGUCAAGCAGUGCGGCCUGCUGUACCACAGCCGGACCCACACCGGCGAGAAGCCGCACGCCUGCGCCACGUGCGGGAAGAGCUUCAGCGACAAGAGCAACCUGUCGUGUCACAUGAGAACCCACCGAGACGAGAAGCCGCACGCCUGCGCCACGUGCGGGAAGAGCUUCGGCGGACUCAGCAAGCUGGCGCGCCACAUGAGGACGCACUCGGGCGAGAAGCCGCACGCCUGCGCCACGUGCGGGAAGAGCUUCGGCCAGCAGAGCUACCUGCUGGGCCACAUGCGGACUCACACCGGCGAGAAGCCGCACGCCUGCGCCGUCUGUGGGCGGAGCUUCAGCGACAAGGGCAACAUGCUGCGCCACGUCCGGAUCCACACCGGCGAGAAGCCGUACUCCUGCCAGACCUGCGGGAAGAGCUUCCGCCAGCAGAGCUCGCUGUCCUGCCACGUCAGGACGCACACCGGCGAGAAGCCGUACUUCUGUAAGACGUGCGGGAAAAGCUUCAGCCAGUACGGACACCUGUUCGUCCACAACAAGAAACACGCCUGCGAGAAUCCGCCAGGCAGCUGCAGCGAGGACAACGUCCCGGACGUCCUGCUCGUGGAGACAGAGUGAAGAGUUCAGAGGAGUUUCCUCAGUCCAGGGCAUGAAGAUUGUUCAGAGUGUCCAGGGCGUCCAGAACGUCCAGGACGUCCAGCAUGUCCAGCAUACCCACCGUGUGGCGUCUCCAGGACGUCCAGCAUGUCCACUGUGUGGCGUCCAGGGCGUCCACAGUGUCCUGUGAGGCUCAGAAAAGUAGAUUUUUCUGACGAGCGUCUGGAAGAGUUCCAGGUUCCAGGAAGUCAGUUUAAAUGUGUUUCUGACCUCGAGACUCGCUUCCCGACCGUCACACGGUCACAUUAGGCCUGGGCGAUGUACCGAAAUUUACUGCAAUAGCGGUCAUCAUUCUGUGGUAUAUGUCGGUACGUUCGGUUAUUUAAAAAAUGAAAACAAAAGUCCAUUUUGGCGGUGAGGGUGGGCGGUGCUCAUGUCCCUUUAAGACGCUGCACCACGUGACUCCGCCCACUCCUGUUUCAAACCACAGUAAGCAGCAGAAGAAACUUCGACCCUCUGAACGUCUGAACCAGCAGACAUGAUCCCUGGUGUGAGCGCCGACGGUCCGCCGGGUAAUGUUUACUUUACCGGCGCUGCCAUGGCAGCUUCCGGUGGCCGUUAAACCUCCACGGCACUCCCACGUAGUGAAGAAAUCAGAAGAAAUUUAUUCUGGAUCCACAAGACGAUCUUCUUACAGGAGCUGUAGGGUAACUGUCACCAACAGUAAACUUCAUUCAUGCUCCAGCUGCGGGAAGAAAGCUGAGGCCUCCGUCCCCGCAUACGCCGACACACGCCAGACCCGUCACCGGCCAUCGGGCCGCCGCUGUAACCCCUCCGUGAGUCUCCGAGGGAGGUUCCAUCAAACGUCACAACGCUAUUCCAAUCAGAAUUAUCUGAAGUAAAUAAAACUUUUCUCAACGUAACUUAUCAAAAAAAACAUUCCUAACACUCUAUCCACACCCUCUGCAGUAUGCAGUGUAAACAAACAAUCCAAAUAAAACAACAGCACACUGAUCUUACACCUCUAAAUAUAGAUUCCAGAAGUAUGAAACAGAUCCUUAAUAACAUAAAUUAAAUCAAUAAAUGUCCAAAUGUCCGUUGUAAACCUUGUCUCAUGCUUUGGCUCCUAUACCUGGCAUGGCCUGGCAAGGUAGCGGCCUGGCUAGCUUAACCGCUACCGGCUACAGGCUAACAGCCUGCAGGUUGAUGCUGGUCUGACCUGGACAGUCAAACUCCUGAUCAGCUGAUCGAUCAGCUGAUUGUUGCUGCUGAAGCUCCUCCUGCUGUUUCAUUGAAUCAGGCCAGAUCGUCUGCUGUUGUUGACGUCGGCAUGCUGCAUGAGCUCCAUGUCUUCUUCUCCAUUUGGAGUGUGUGUGGCAGAGUGACGGCGCCAUCUGAAGGCCUGGCAGUGAACUACAUCGUUAUGUUGUGAGGAUGUCGAUGUUUGCUGAAGCGAUGCUGCGGAGGAGAUGGUAAACCAACAAGCUGGGCUCAUCUGCAGCUCGGGGACCGGCAGACGUCCAGCUCUGUUCCGUUCUGAGCUGAUCGUAACGCCACAUCACGCUGGAAACAUCUGGAACCUCGCAACGUUAAUCAUUUCUCAUCGUCUCCCAGUCGGCGGGUUUUCCCACAGAGAAGACAUUUCCAUGAACAGCAGAGUUCUGUCGGAUCUGGACCGCUGUGGCCGGGAAAGUUAGGAUACAUUGAUGUGUUUUGUAGCCGAAUCUUGAUCAAUCUAAUAAAAUUUCAAGAAAAUUGACCCCAUACAACGAGAAAUAAAAUAAUGUUUGCACCGCCUGAGCCAAGGUCCAGUCACAGCGAACUGUCAGACGUUUAAUGCAGCAGUGAGGUCCGUUCACACCACGACGUUUUCACAUGAAAACGCAGAACUUUCCUCUCGUUUCGGGCUGAAAAUGGAACUUUCUGAAAAGGGUCCGUCUCCAUGGAAACCUGCGAGGCCCGGCGGAGGAACCGGAGUUGGACCGCGGCCGUGGAGGACCAGGUGAGGCUAGCCGCUCCCAGAAUGUCUCAGAAGGACGGACGAGUCCCGUCUGUCCCGCGGCUCCGUGGACUCUUCUGGUUGUCCUCAGAGAAACUCUGGACUCGCUCUCCACUGAAUAAAGUGACGCGAUAAUAAAGAGUUCUGUGUUUUCAUCUGACGGUGCAGCU